AUGAAGCGCGAGAGGAACGAGGCGGACUGGGGCGAGCGCGCGGCGAGGGGCGGGGAGACGGCGACGAGCGAGGGAGGGGAGACGUGGCGGUACGCGGAGACGGCGGACGAGUACGAGUAUCGAGGCGCGUGGUUGGCGCUGCAUCGACAGCCGGGUGAGUCGACGCGAGAUGAGGCGUUCGAGGAAAAGGUGCGGGCGAUGAAGGCGGUGUCGAAACGGUUGAAGGAGGCGAACAUGGCGACGAGCGAUUUCGAGCCGGGCGGGGAGUCGUACGAAAAUUUUCUGGGAGAACACGUGCUGCGGCACGUGACGCUGGCGAGACGCCUGUCGGAGUGGCGGACGAACUUUUUGAUUCGGUUCGCGCGCGAACCGGAGUACGCGGACAUGCCGAGCACGGUUCGGGACUUGGAGAUGGAGUGGAUAGCGUUGGGCUUUAAGAUUAGGGCGAUCGAGAAGAUUUAG